AUACACUGGCAUAUGGUGUGCUGCAUCAACUACACAACAUAUGAUGUGCGGCAUGCUCAAGAUACCAUCCAUGUGGGCAAGGGGCAGUGCGAUAUCAUGCUUCUCUCUGGGGAAGAUUCCAUGGACUCCCAUCCUUACUGGUAUGCCCAAAUGGUAUGCAUCUUUCAUGUCAACUUGACACACCAACCCACCAACAUUUGUACACCUCAAUGGCAUGAUGUACUCUUGGUCAGGUGGCUAGCACAAGAGGACACUGACUCAACUGGCUCUCAGCUUUUCCAGCCACUGGAUCAAGUGAGCUGGGUGUCUGGAGACAAUGAGGAUGCAUAUGGCUUUGUGGACCCAUCCUCAGUCAUCCACUCAUGCCACUUGGUACCAUGUUUCCACAGCAGCCCUGAUGAUGUUUCUGCAUCAGAGGUGACUCUUCUGAAGAGGAAACAAGCUGAUGUGCAUAUGGACUGGAAGGCCUAUUAUGUGAUGAGGUGA